AUGAGCCUUCGAGACAGAUUCACACAGCGGGGCGUCCCGUCUGACCUUGACGAGUGCAUUGAGCUCCAUCGGGAUGCACUACUCCUUCGUCCCCCCGGUCAUUCCAAUCGAUCAUCGUCUCUCAACAAUCUCGCCAUGAGCCUUGGAGACAGAUUCACACAGCGGGGCGUCCCGUCUGACCUUGACGAGUGCAUCGAGCUCCAUCGGGAUGCACUACUCCUUCGUCCCCCCGGUCAUUCCAAUCGAUCAUCGUCUCUCAAUAAUCUCGCUGUUAGCCUUGGAGACAGAUUCACACAGCGGGGCGUCCCGUCUGAUCUUGAUGAGUGCAUCGAGCUCCAUCGGGAUGCACUACUCCUUCGUCCCCCGCGGGACGUCCCAUCUGACCUUGAUGAGUGCAUCAAGCUCCAUCGGGAUGCACUACUCCUUCGUCCCCAGGGUCAUCCUCUUCGAUCACGCUCUCUCCACAAUCUCGCCCUCAGCCUUCAAGACAGAUCCACACAGCGGGGCGUCCCAUCUGACCUUGAUGAGUGUAUCGAACUCCAUCGGAAUGCACUGCUCCUUUUCCCCUCCGGUCAUUCUCUUCGAUCAUCGUCUCUCAGCAGUCUUGCCAACAGCCUUCGAGACAGAUUCAUGCAGCGGGGUGUCCCGUCUGACCUUGAUGAAACAUUUAGCCUGUUCUUGCAACUCCCCUACAUAUCUCAUGCGGUCUCUCGUAUGGACCUUACUGCUGCUAAGUCAUGGGCUACUGCUGCUGAAGAGACAAACCAUGGUUCUGCAUUGAUUGCAUAUCAAACUGCAUUAAAAUUCCUAGAUCAGCACGUCACUCUUUUGUCGUCUUCAUCACGCCAUUUCGAUGUUGUGAAGAUGGCCACGACAUCGCUUGCUGUGGACGCUUUCUCAUGCAGCAUUCGUCGUGGCGCGCUGAAAACUGCUGCGGAACUGAUGGAGCAAGGCCGUGCAGUAUUCUGGACUCAGUUGGCACGCUUAAGCUCCCCGUUCGAUGGACUUUCCUUGCCUGGUGACACAGACGGGGUCUUGGCAGAAGAGUUCAAGCAGCUGAGCUUUCGCCUUCGCCCUGCAUUUGAUCAGUCUACUGAAGACCGGUCCUCACAAAUUCGACAACUGACCAUGCGAUGGAACGACGUCGUCUCUCGCAUCCGAAUGCUCCCCGACUUAUCUCGGUUUCUCCUGCCUCCCCUGUUCUCAGACCUACAGAAGGCCGCUGAAGAAGGUCCUGUCAUCAUCGUCAAUGCUAGUCAGUACAGCUGCAACGCUUUGAUCGUCCUGAGUGACCAAAAUCCUGUCCACAUUCCAAUUGAUAUCACGCGGACCGAAGUCUCCGAGUUGUGCUCCGAGUUUCAGUCCGUCGCAGAGCAAUUUGGUUGUUCCGAUCAUCAGAACAAGCUUGUGGGCAUUCUCCGCAAGCUUUGGCAUGAUGUUGUUGACCCCGUGGUCCAAGCCCUUAGGGUUUCGAAUGUUCACCCUGGCUCGCGUAUCUGGUGGUGUCCCACCGCUGAAUUCACUUUGCUGCCUCUACACGCAGCAGGACCCUACGAGAGGGAGAGAGACAACUUGUCACAGAUCUACAUCUCCUCUUAUACCCCCACUUUGGCGACGCUUGUUCGUGCGAGACAGCGCGUCUCUCAAUAUGCAUCUACCCAAUAUUUUGUUGCAAUCGGUCAAGGAAACCCGGACAGAGGGAAGGAAUUGCGAUGCGUCGCUCCUGAAUUAGCCGCCAUAGCUCAGCAUCUCGUACCCAUCGUGUCAUCCUUCACAUCACUCCGAGACAGCCUCGCAACGGUGCAGGGUGCACUCGAUGCGCUAAACCAUAAUCAGUGGCUCCAUCUCGCCUGUCAUGGAAUGCCCCAUCGGACACAACCGUUCGAGUCUUCCUUCACGAUGCAGGACGGGCCAUUGAUAAUUAAGGACAUCAUCCAAUCGAACUGGCAGAACCCGGAGUUUGCAUUCUUAUCGGCUUGUCACACUACUGUAGGCGACAAGAAAAGUCCCAAUGAAUUGAUCCAUCUCGCUGUGGCGAUGCAAUUCUCUGGAUUUCGCAGUGUCAUUGGUUCUAUGUGGUCCGUCGACGACGAGGUUGCACGGCAGGUUGUUGUGUCUGCUUUUUAUGACAAGCUGGUCGAUGAUUCAGGGAGAUUAGACUGCACGCGGGCUGCAGUGGCAUUACACAAGGCUGUGAAGAAAUUGCGGCGCAAUAAUGUUCCACUAGAACAGCAGAUUGUAUUUGUUCACAUAGGUGCGGUGAAUCAAGAUGAGCAUCCUGGCUACCGGCUAAGAUCUGGCUGUCACUGCCCUGGUAAAAUGCCAGAUCCAGAUAUGAGUCUCCAAGUUGGUGUGCCGCUGUCGGUGUCCGCGUUUCCUUUUCGACUAACUAUCAUCUCAACAUCUAAACAUGAACUCUUCAGAUUCGAGCUCGAAAUCACUCAGUUGAGUGGUUCGCGGUUUUUGCUGAGCCAUCGCAGGAGGAAGCACGGUCUGGACCGAGCACGGGAUUCAGAAAAGGCUGAAGGCACGAACUUCCAGAAGACUGAGGUCAAGGAGAACAGACAGACCGCCCCCACUGAGACACGAUCGGUCUGA